CCGCGACGCUGGCCCCACCCCGGUUGCCUAGGAGACCAGGGGCCGCUUCCCUUUGAGACAACAUGGCGACGUCUGUGGGGCCGACUCCUGUGGGCACGACCCCCUUGGGGUUGACCCCAGCGGGAACCACGCCCGAGUCGGAGAGAGAUGAUGAAUUCCAGGAGCAUGAGAAGAUUCUCUCUCCAGAUUUUCUUUCAGUUGCUCAAAUCACUGAUUUGCUAACUGAGGACGUAGCUGGAGUUCAAGCAAAACUGGGGAUGUUUUUGAAAUUCAAGAAUGUUCAAACUUGUUUAAAGGAUGCCAUUAUACUUGAUUAUUAUGUGUCUGGAUUUUUGUGGGCUAGAGGAAUGGAGUUUUCUACUGUUCAACAUUCAAAAUUUAUGACUUUACUAGAUAUGUUACUUCAAAAUCUUAAAACUCUACGUAUGUCAUUGGAAGACAAUCUAAAGUGGCUUGGGGAAGUUAUGGCUGAAAUUGGACCAACCCACUUAGAAAAAAAUGAAGAAUGGAAUUUAUUUGAUGUAAAACAAGCCAAUGCCAUCAUUGAUUACUUACAGAUCAGCUUAUUUCAACACUACAAGCUGUAUGAGUUUAUGUUUUACUUUACCAGAGAAGAAAUUGUGAUCGGAACUGAGAAAAAUUUUUGAAAACUCUACACUGGAGGCCAGUUUUCUGUGUUAGAAGUGUGUAUUGUUUUGAGGCAUGUACUUUCAGAUUCCUCUUACCGAACUGGGGGAUAUAUAAUGGGGAAGAGAUCAUCUCAACUAAAAAUAAAUAAGUAGUUUUUUUAAAAAAUCAGAUAAUUUUAGCAAAAAAAAAGAAAGAAAAAAAGGAAAAGGAGGAGGAAGAAAGAAAAGGGGAGUAGAAAAAGAAAACAAGGAGGAAAAAGGAAUGAGAUAAGAAGAGAAUGGAAGGAGGGAAGGUGAAGGAAAGGAAAGAAAAAAAAUAGACUCACUAAGGAUAAACAAAGUCAAGAUUUACUCUAGAGAAAAAAAAAUUAAAUAGUUAUUCUUUGAGCCCCCAAAGAAAUUAAAGGAAAUACUUGCAAUGUCUAAAGAAAAAAUUAGACAAAAUUUUAUUUAAAAGGCAACUGAUAUCAUAAAGAGAGAAAAAUAAGGGCAUUGAAAGACUUUACUGUAUUUGAAAAUAGUGAGGAAGAGAAACAACAUUGCAGAAAAGCCAGCCCAUGACAUGAAAAACAAACUUUAUAAAAUCACAUAAGAAACAUGAAGAAAAAUACAGAGAAACAGGGGAUCCCAGGGGUCUGACAUACAUAGAUCUUUGUCUCUGAAGUAAACAGCAAAAUGGAUGGACUAAAAAAAGAAAUUACCAAAAAAUAUAAUUCAAUAACAUUUCUGAGGUGAAAGAAGACAGGAUCUGAAGAACAAAAGGAAUUACUGUCCUAGAAAAACAAAGGUGUAGAAUGACAGAUUCUGAGAUAUUGAACUUCACUGCAGUGUUGAAGCAUCCAAGCCUUGCCACCCCUGUCUCCCACCACCCUGCAAAACAUCACCAACAAAGGAGGAGGUAAAACAAAACACAAACUUGAGACUACUUGUUAGGAUCUUUAGAAGCAAGAAGAUUGUGGAACAAUGUCAACAAAGUUUUGGGAGAAAAGAAAUGUGACUGUAGAAUCGUACUAAAUCGAAUUGGUAUUUAAAUGUCCACACAAUAGGACAUAAUCUCAAAUAUUCAAAAUUUGAGGAAGCAUAUCUCCCACAUAUUCAUGUAGCUUUUCUGAUAAACCUUGUCAACACAGUGUAGCCAAUACAAACAUUAAACUAAGCAAAAACAAGAGGAAUGGGAAAUUCACAGGAAGAGAGAUGAUUGGUGUCUUAGUUUGUUUUGUAUUGCUAUAACAAAAUGCUCGAGGCUGGGUACUUUAUAAAGCAAAAGACAUCUUUGGCUCAUGAUUCUAGUGACUGUAAAGUGCAUUGGUUUCUGUGACGGCCCCCUUGGGGCAUCACAGCAGAAAAGCAAACAGCUGCAUGCUAAUGGCCUGCUCUCUCAUGUGCUCAUUGGGUUCUGCAAAAGAGAACUACCAAGUACAUUAAUCUCUUCUGAAGGUGAUGCCUCAUGACCUAAUCACCUGGCACCAGGCCUCUCCCCUCAAAACUAUCACAGUGGGGACCAGACUUGUAGCACAUAAACCUUUGGACGACACACUCAACCAAUAUCAAGCCAAGCAGUUGAAGAGUAUUAAGUUCAAUUGAACAUAAAACUUAGGCUGAACAACUAGCAAGCUAUAAAACAAUGUAAUUAUUAUAAUUUCUCAAGGAAACUUUGCUUAGUGUUUGCGGGAAGUGAUACUGAAACACUCAGCACCACAGUAUAAAUCAAAAUUCUUGGUAUGAAACAGCACACUCAGAAAAAGGUAAUAAUUCAUAGGAGUGGGAAAAGCUCUCACACGCAAGCAUAGCAAACAAGAAGGCAUUGAUUCCCUUGGUUGGACUGUCAUCCUCUUCUACUUCUUGGGGAGAUUCAUUCCCUGCCCCCAUGAAGUCAUACUUGAACAUUUACCUGAGUUGAAGUGUCAUUACAUGGAUAGAGAGAAGUUUUUGAAGUCUGUUGUGCUUCUUCAUCGCCCAGACUGGACAUCAGGAAGUAGAAACAAACUAAUGUACAGUGGGUAUGUACCAGGAAUAAUAAAUAAUUUUUAUGAUUAUAAAUACCUGAUAUUUGGGAGUAGUUAUUUUAUAGUAGCAGAUCUAACCUUUUCUCACUAGUAUAUUACCCCAAACCUAAAGAACAAAGGAAGGGGUAAUCUAUUUACUAGAGUCUAAUACAUGAAGGAAUCCUGGAAAGAGGAACCACAAAACUAGAACUAAGGUCCCAGAGGUAUGCAGCAUAGUACAGAAUCAUAAUAAAGCAGUAGGAAAUGGGGUAAUAAAAACUUGACAUUUGCUUCAUUUUGUCCUUUCACUUUCCUCUGCUUUUGGAUCCAUUGGCUAAGUCCAGCUGGAAGUACAGGGCUAAAAAGGGCAGUAUCCUGGGCCGGCGCUGCGGCUCACUAGGCUAAUCCUCCACCUGCGGCGCCGGCACACCGGGUUCUAGUCCUGGUUGGGGCACCAGAUUCUGUCCCGGUUGCCCCUCUUCCAGUCCAGCUCUCUGCUGUGGCCAGGGAGUGCAGUGGAGGAUGGCCCAAGUGCUUGGACCCUGCAUCCCAUGGGAGACCAGGGGAAGCACCUGGCUCCUGCCUUCGGAUCAGCAUGAUGCGCCGGCCGCAGCGCACCGGCAGCAGCAGCCAUUGGAGGGUGAACCAACGGCAAAGGAAGACCUUUCUCUCUGUCUCUCUGUCUCUCUCUCUCUCUCUCACUGACCACUCUGUCUGUCAAAAAUAAAAAAAAGGGCAGUAUCCUGUAGAAUUCAUUGUCACAAGCUGGUUUUCCCAUAAUCAGAAGCUAAGAUGAAGUUUGAGUAUAAAAAUCUCUUUUAAGGAUCAAUACCUGUAAAGGAUAGGAGAAAUAAAUGGAAUUAGAACAAGAUGUUGAACAUGGUAAUGCAGACAGUAGACUACAAAAUUUCAAUCCAUUGGGGAGUUCUGGAGUAAGAAUUACCCAUGAAAGCAUUUCACAUAGAGCACAAAGGGUCAGUCCUGAGAAGGCUAAUGACAAAAGCUACUUUAUGUCAAUGAACUGGGCCAUUUUGUCUACUUGUUUGUUUCAUUCUUCCACAGUGAAUGGUCUUUGGUGGGCAUUAACGUGAUAAACACACAUGCACACACACACAGUAUUUCAUCUACUACCCACAGGGAGGGGAAAAAAACACCACCAUUUUAAGCAGCAAUCAGGAUUUUAAGUAAUAUUUUAGUCAAUGAAAUAAACUUUGAUAAAUUUCUGUAUUAGAAAUAAUAUGGCCGGCGCCGCGGCUCACUAGGCUAAUCCUCCACCUUGCGGUGCCGGCACACCGGGUUCUAGUCCCGGUCGGGGCGCCGGAUUCUGUCCCGGUUGCCCCUCUUCCAGGCCAGCUCUCUGCUGUGGCCAGGGAGUGCAGUGGAGGAUGGCCCAAGUGCUUGGGCCCUGCACCCCAUGGGAGACCAGGAUAGGCACCUGGCUCCUGCUAUCGGAUCAGCGCAGUGCGCCGGCCACAGCACGCUGGCCGCACCGGCCGCACCGGCCAUUGGAGGGUGAACCAACAGCAAAGGAAGACCUUUCUCUCUGUCUCUCUCUCUCUCACUGUCCACUCUGCCUGUCAAAAAUAAAUAAAUAAAUAAAAAGAAAUAAUAUGUAAUAAACAUAAUGCAUUAAAAUUAGAAAUGAAAAACAUAUAUAUAAAUAAAUAACACAAUAAAAGCUGGUUGAAAAUUUUUUAAAUCUCUAGAAAUACCUUUAGCCAAAGAGUAAAUCUAAACAAAACUUACAUUUGGAGGAAAAAAAUCCACACAGAUAAUAGGAAAUACUGUUGUGCACAGAGCCAUGUAUGAUUUCCCAGAACUGGGUGGCCUCCUUUUACUCCCACAUCUUUCAUUUAUGCCAUUUAUGUAAUUAUAAGAGACAAAAUGCAACCUUUAAGUUAUCACCUGCUCUAAUAUUAUAAAAUUCUUGAUGUUAGGGCCAUUUCUUAUUUAUUUGAUUCUCCGACAGAUCUUACCAUAAAGAAGUACUCAGUAAAUAGAUAUUCAGCUGAGUCGAUCUUUAUACCCAUAUUAAUAAAACCAGAAUUUUCAAAGCUCUUACAUUUUAAAAUCAUUUCAGUUACAAAGCAAAAGGGUCAUAAUUUGUGCACUGCAUAAAUUUCAAGAUAUUUUUUACAUUAUUUUUAUAUUAUUUUUUACAUUUUAUGUUUAAGAGACACAUAGUGAUAGACAGAAAGAACUCCUUUCUACUUGCUCAACCCCCAAAUGCCCACAAUGCCCAGCUAGGGCUGGACCUGGGGUUAAACAGACGCAGUGAACUCAUUCCAGGUCUCCUACACAGGUGGUAGUAACCCAGUUCUUGGAACCGUUAUUGCUACCUCCCAGAGUCCAUACCAAUUUGAAGUUGGAAUAGAGAGUAGCGCUGGAAACCAGACACUCUUUAGUGGGACACAGGAGUCCCAAACACAAGGAUAAAUGACCACCUAAAAUCUCAAGAAUAAUUUAGAUUGAAGUAAGAUUUUCUCCAGUGUUCUCAGAAUAUUAAAGAAAGAUGUAAAUGCUUUCAAGUCAGUUAAUAUGCAUCUAAAAAAGCUUUAGAGUCAGAAGAAUGUACAAUCAAACCCCUUAUAUACAGCAUUUCUCUCUAGUAAAAAAAUUAAAAACUAGAAAUAUCUGUUUUCAUCCAUAACUCUUCAAAUAGCUUUUCAGUUUAAAAAGUGAUUUUUGCAUGUAUUAGAACAAAAGAAAAGCAGAAAUGUUUUCCUGGUGUCAUUUAUUCCUUUUCUGUAUUUUCUGUGAUGCGCAUCUAUAUCAAUCAAGAAUAUUUUCUAAUUUUGCAAAUGAUCAGCAUGACUCAAUAAGAAGUAAGUCAAAAUAAUUUUGAACACCUAACUGGUAAUAUUUUAAAAUAUUCCUUGGCUGGAACAAUUAGAUGUUUGAAUUACUUACUCUGAAUGCUAAUGUAGGAACACUUUUCUCCUGUUCCACAUUCAUCUCUCUAUAUAUAAACUAUUUAAGUCACAGUAUAAUUAUGGAAUAUGUUAGUAGAAGGAAGGCAAAGUGUGUUUUAUCAAUGCCUGUAAGCAUCAUUUACAUUAGCAUCUGUUACAGAAUUGGUUUUAAAUUUAUUUCUAGAGCCUUAAAAUCUGUGGGUCACACACAGCAGUAUUUUUAAACUCUAAUGUCAUAGGACUAAAUACACUUGGAACUGUCCUUUGUUUCAUGAUGCUAUUAAAUGCAUCUAAAGAUGUGGCUAUUGUAUCUUUCUGGUUUCUUUUGUUUCUUUUAGUUCUGCCAGUGUUCUUAUGUGUUGUUGGCUUUUCUAUUUUUAUUGUUUUCUUUUCAGUGAUCGAGUUUGUUCCUACUUGUGCUUCUGCAUAAGGCCUUUAACACUUAGGCUGUCAUCCAGAGAUGUUUGACAAUAAAAAUAUCUUUCCUGGGGCCACUGUUGUGGCACAGCAAGUUAAGCUGUUUCCUGAGUUCAAGUCCUGUCUGCUCCACUUCCCAUACAGCUCCCUUGUUAAUGGCCCUGGGAAAGCAAGAGCAUGGCCCAAGUAUAUGAGGCCCUGCCACCCAUGUGGGAAACCCAGCUGACGCUCCUGGCUCCUGGCUUCAGCCUCACCCAGCCCCAGCUAUUUUAGCUACUUGGGAAGUGAACCAGCUGAUGGAAGAUCUCGCGCUCUCUGCUCUCUGUGUCUCAGUGUGUGUGUGUGUGUGUGUGUGUGUCUGUCUGUCUGUCUCUCCACUUCUCUUUGUAACUCUGCUUUCAAAUAAAAAAUAAAUCUGAGGUCAGCAUUGUGGAAUAGCAUGUAAAGCCACUGCCUGUGGUGCUAGCAUCCCAUAUAGGUGCUGGUUCGUGUCCCAGCUGCUCUACUGCCAAUCCAGCGCCUUGUUAAUGGCCUGGGAAAAGAAACAGAAGAUGGCCCAAGUGCUUGGCCCCUGCCACCCAUGUGGGAGACCUGGAUGAAGCUCCUGUUCCCUGGCUUCAGCCUGGCCCAGCCCUGGCCAUUGAAUCCAUGGGGAGUUAACUAGCAGAUUCAAGAUCUCUCUCUCUCUCUCUUCCUCUCUCUCCCUCUCUCUAACUUUGAACAAAAUAAAUACUUCUUUAAAAAAUAAAUAUAAAAGAAAAGAAGAAAGGCAAAUACUGCCUGAUUCCUUCUAUAUGAAAUACCUGAGGUAUUCAGUUCACAGAGUCAGCGAGUAGAAUGGUAGUUGCCAGGGGUUGGCAAGAAGGGGAAAUGGGAGGUGACUGAUCCAGGGGUAUAAAGUUUCAGCCAAGAAAGAUGAAUAUGUUCUUGAGGUCUCUGGUAUAAUACUGUUUAAAGAUUUAUUUAGUGUUCUUACUACAAUAAAAUAAGAUGAAAUGAUAAGUUCCAUCUAAAACAAUGAGCACACUUAACACCCAGUUCUUGGUUUCUAAAUACCAUUGCCUGAUAAAAGAAAACUAGAGCCCCUUGAGAAAUGGCUGGCUUUUGGGUUUGGAGAAAGAAAAUAAUUACGUAGAUCUAGAAUAUGUUAUGCCAGAAAAUAAAGAAACAUGUGAAGAAUGAUGGGAUCUUGUCCAAAGACAGAGGAUCUAGCUUGAAGCAUCUUCUACUAGCCAAUUUGAAAACCAAAAUAAAUUUCGAUAGUAACAGAUUGUAACUAUUUGAGUAAAAUACAUAUCCAUGAGGCACUAUAGUUAUAAAUACUCAAUUGUUAAAAAUAAAUAUAUAGAAGAAGAACACACUAGUAGAAUGGCUACUAAUAUAUCCACAAGGAAUAAUGCAAUUAGCACAUUAUUCUUUGGUAACUGUCAUAAUAAUUCCUUUAGGAGUGAGUGAUCCAAGAGUGCUAAACAUGAUAAGUGUAAGUUUGAUAAGGAACUGAAUAUGUAUGUAGUCUCAGUGUAUCUUCCUGUAGAAUUGUUAGUAAUUGCUUUUUAAUUAAUAAGUAUAAUAUACUGAAUACUUAACCUCACAGGGGAGAAAUUUGUCAGGUACUAUCUUAUGCAAGUAAUAAUCAUUGAUAAUAUAAGAAAUAAUACAAAUUAUCAUUUUUGCCUCCUGAUAAACUGUAAUGAGAAGAACACAACAUUACUUUGGUUGUAUUUCUCUAAAAAAUGUGUGAAUUAUGAGGAAACAUCAGACAAACCCAAUGAGGAGUAUUCUAAAAAAAUAACUAUUCUAGCACUUAGUGGUAACAUCAAGAAAAAUAAGAAAAGACUGAGGAAUUCUUGUAAAGUGAAAGAGACUGAAGAAAAAUUUCAGUGCAACCCAUGCUCCUAAAUUAGAUCCUGGACUUAUUGAGAUAGUUAGUAAAUUUUAUUGGAGUCUGGGAUCAUAUUUCAAUAUUAGAUAAAAGUGUAUUUUAAUGGGUUUUUUGGUUAUAUGGGAGAGUAUCGUCAUACUUAAGAAAUGCAUACAAAAGUAUGACAAUGCAGUAUUAACCUGCAAUAUAUUCUCAAUGGCUAUACAGUCAUAUUAUACAUUAUUUCUGUAAUUUACAUGUAAAUUUGAGGCCAUUUCAAAAGAAGAUAGUAAAAUAAAAACUCUUUGACCAAAAUUUGAUCUAAUAUUUUAAAAAUCUAAGUCUGAUUCAUGAAACACUGGAAAGUUCAUAUGAGCCAUGGGAAGAAGCUGCCUCCAUGAGCUCAGGCUCCUAUUUCUGUAGGGUUUUGUUACAUAACUGUGACAUUUCCUUCACUCAAGGAUGAGCCUUUAUAAAAUCUGUUAUAUUCCUUUUGUCCCCAUUGUACCGUUCAGAUUAAUAGCACUCACCUCAUGUCAUGUUUCACCUUAUGCCUUUUCUUGUGCAAGGACAUUUCAAAGAAUUAUUGGAAAAAUGGCGUUAAAAGAUAGGUUUGAUUUUGGUGCUCAAAACUUUCAAAGUCCAUGCAUAUUUUUUUCAUAACACACAUGUUCCGUGACCAUUUUGAACACCCCUCAAAUAGGACAUUUUGGACAGAAAUAAUAAUAGUUGACCCUCAAAAUAUUGAUUUAUUUUAGAGGAGUCAAAUUUCAAAAUUGAAUAGAUUUCUGUAGCAAAUUUUCUUAUUAGAGUUUAAGAAAUGGAGCAUUUUACCUAUCCAAAUCUGCUUUUAUUUUGACAUUAUAUUUUGUGAAAAUCUAAUGGUAUAUUUUCUUGAUGUAUAAAAAGAUUUUAAAAAGGAAGUAGUGGAAGGAAAUUGGUAAAGGGGAAGGAGAGAGAAAGGGAAUAUUUUCCCAAACAAAAUCUUUUUUUGGGGGGGAGAGAGAGAUCUUUUAGUAUCUCAUAAUGACAAUUAAAUCCAGAAAAAAUUGCCUCAUCCUUUAGACAGAUGACAGAAGUUGCAUUAUUUUAAGUUACUGAUGUCAAUUCAUUUGAUUGUAAUUUGUCUCUUUUAAAAUAUAAACAAUAAGGAACCUCAUUUUUUUAGUUACCUAGAAUCAGAUUAAAAAGCAAAAGAAAACUUGGAUUAUAUAUGGUUCCAUUAUACAAGUAUCAGAAUAUAUGCAAUUUGUCAAAUUUAUGUGACAAUGAUAUUUAAAAGUAAUUUUAUUUUGUGUAAGCAGGUUAUACAAAUCAUAAAUUCUUUUUUGAUUUUUUAAAAUCUACUGUUUUUUAAUUCAUGAUUGACCUAAAGAGCUAACAGGAUGACUAUUUAAAUUAAGUCUCUCUUGAUUCCCCAGGGGAUGAUGAACUUGCAUUUUAAUUACUAACAAAUGCAAUUAUUCAACCAAGGUGUGAACCAUCAGAAGUUUCAAGAACUCCUGUACUUUUAGCAAGUGUUUUGCAUUCGUAUAAAAAUGUGAUGCCAUUAAUUUCUAAUAUAGGAUGCAAGUUCAGGAAUCUGUCAGAUUUGUACUGUGAUUAUAUUAUUUUGUUUCAGCUAUAAAUUCCUAGAGCAUUAAAACUGAAUAUUUGCUGUAAAUACAGUAUGUGCUAUGCCAAAUUUCAGCCCUGUUGCUAUAGUCUACUAGAACUUUUCACCAGUCUUUCCCUCCAUUGUUGGAAUUUACCCAACUGGCAUUUUUUAACAAAACUAUAGCGAAAUGAAUAAUUUCCUUACUGAGAAUAGAUUUGUUAUAUAAACAGUUAUUGGAACCAUAUAAUCUAUAUCUAUUACCCCUGUUCCUGUUACUUUUCAAAUUAAAUGAAACUGUCUAUUCAGUAUUCCUUUCUUAGACUUGCAUGGCUCUGUUAGUCCUUAAAAUAAUAAGCAAGACACAUGGCAACUGCCAAGGUUACAAUUAGUUUUAUAUUUAUUUAACUCCAGUAAAAUAUUAAAAUACUUUAUCUGCUGGAGAACAACAAAUGCAUGAGUGAAAUUGAAAGUUAGGGCAAGGAACAUUUUUAAAAUCUUAAUUUGGACCAAAUUUCUAUCUUUAUCAACAUAGUAAUGUUUUUAGAAACUUUAUUGUAAUGAGAAGAACCAGUUUAGAAAUACUUUGGUAUUUAUGCUUUGAUUCUGUUUCUGUAUUCACCAAGACUGAUUACCUUAUCUGCCAUCUACCUAACUAGAUAUACAUACUAUGAUAAGUAAUAUAUACCAUUUGUAAAUAAUAUAAUUUAUACACACUAUUUAUAAAUAGUAAAUGUAUUUAUCUGUUGUGAUGUAUUUUGGGCUUGAUUUCUUAUCCUGAUAGUUCUAAAAUAUUUCUGUUCUUUUUCAAUUUUAACCUUUUUACAUUUUUGCUUCAUUCAGACUGUGCAUCCUAUCCAUUUACUGUAUUUUCAGAUGAUAUUUUAUGUUGAAUAUAUGCCUCAAAGAAAGAUUAAAUUAUCUAUAAUUGUUUUUUACCAAAGAAGAAAUAUUUACCACAUUUGAAAUCCAUCUAUCUUGAAUUUUGGAAAUAGAAUUUUCCAAUUCAGAAGGACUCACUAUUUUAGACAUUCAUUCCAGAGUGUAGGUAAGGACAGAGUGGGUUGCUGCAAUUGCGACUGAUGCCAGAGUCACACUGUGGUGCCCUCCUGUGGAGGUUUGGUUAAAACUUCAUUUUGGAACCUAUGAGAAUGAUUUUCAAAUGAAGUGGCAAAGCUAUCACAUUCAG